ACAGCAGAAUCACUGCAAUAUGGCUACGAAUCGAGUGUUCCAGUAGCGUGUUCGAGACACGUUCGCGAGAACUGGCCGUCGCGUGGCGGUAUUAACAGCCAAUUCGUCGAAACAGAAGCAACAGGUUGAUUAACCGGGAUCAUGUCAACGACCAGUAAGUGGGAUUUGUCCAAGGCGGAUAUUAUAGCCGCUGCGAAAGACGAAAAGGAACUGCUUUUGGAACCUGAGAGCGAUGCAGAAGAAAACAUGGUCUAUAAUCGACCGAGCACGUCCUCGGGAGAAACAAGGGUGGACGGAAAAAUGGACAGCGUCCGGCUACAAAUUCAAGAGGUCACUGGCGUGAUGCGAGAGAACGUACAGAAGGUAAUGGAACGUGGCGAGAGGCUAGAAGAUCUUCAGGAAGCCAGCGAUCGGUUAAAUAUGGCUGGCAACGAAUUCAGGGCAACCGCGAAGAAAGCACAGCAAAGGGCGUGGUUGCAGAACUUCAGAACGAGACUCGUCUUGGUCACUAUCACAGUGACGGUCGUAAUCUGCAUUAUCGGUACGACACCAGUUUGCGCAAGUCUAUGUUUGAACAUGCAUGAUAAACUGCAUGUCGUUCUACUCUUUAUCGCACUUUACAAUUUAAAGCAGGAAUGCGCUAUCCUUUAGCUCGGUAAGUUGUGAAGAAUUCUUCGCAAAAUUCAACGAAGUUUGCGACGUUCUUAGGUGACGGAAUUGCUGAAAGGGAAGAUUAGAAAGUUCUUAUAUCCCUAAAUUCGAUUUCAGAAUCUCUGAAUCAGUAUAUUCCUACAUUUCCAAAGUUCACAUCUAUCAUAUACUCCCAAAAUGUAUAAUCUUUGAAUCUCUGUAUCUCCAUAAUCCUAUUCUCCAAAUCCCCACGUCUUCAAAGUCUGUGAAUCUCCCAAGAUCUCAACACCAAAGAUGUCCAAAAUCCUCUUUCCAUAAAAACUUAAAACUUGAUCGCGCAUUUCUGAUUUAAAGCGUUCUCCGAACGUCUAUGUUUCUCUGUCGCGAACAUCGUGCACCAGCACCUGUUUUGUUCGACCGUCAUCGCAAAUCAUUAGCCUCGAUCGUUAAAAAGCGCACGUAGUCAGAUCGACGCGUAUCGUUUUCAGUUCUGGACAUCAUGGUGCUUUACCUGGUUCUCAGAUAGCGAACACGGUGGUAACGAGCCUCAAACGUUCGAUUCCAGGUACUCAUCAAUUUUCCACUUCUAAAUCUGUUCCCAGCACACGCUCUCAUCGGCUUCUCUUUUACCGGUAGCGGUUAGGUAGGUCUCCCACGAAAUGUCUGUCGAGAUUAACGCACCGUGUCAGAUCGAGAUUUAACAAGGCUCUUUAUCGAUGCUUCUCAUUGUUCCUGUACGACUUGCACGCGUCUCGCUUUUGAUCCUCUCAUGUUUUAACGUCCGAAGAAGGCUUGAACGCGUCGAAGUAUCAUUGGCGUUUUAUUUUUCAGUAUCCAUCGUCGUGAAAUAUUCGUGACCGGGGCUCCGUCCAGACUGAAACACACUCGUUAUCGUGCGUACGUUACGUUCUAUAUUUGUACCUGUCUUUCAUCAAUUGUAUACGUGUAUUAUUAACAUAUAAGUUUGUAUAAAUAUAUAUUGUUAUUCUUAA